AUGUCACUAUUUUCAAAAAGAGCAUAUAGAGCAAUUAAAACUAUUCUGGUGUCUCCAUAAGCAGAAAUUCUGACAUUAAUUAUUCGAAUUAUUUCAAUUUUAAUUCUGUUAUAUUUAGAUACCCUUAACGAUUUAAGCAACAAUAUUUAAUAUCAAAUAAUAUCUCAAGAUUAAUAAAUACUUUCAUUAGAUAUGUUAAAUAAAAAAUUGAUUUCUCACUAAUUUUAUAAAGACAAAUACUAAAAUGCUAGUUUACAUGUAUUAAAAGACAAUUUUUGGGAUUUAUUUGUUGAUCCUAAUGAAUUUGAAAUACUUUUAUCUGGAUUUAGAUUAGUUUAAUAUUAAAUAUCUUAUUCUGUAGAUUGUCAAUAUGAUAUAAGUAAAAUAGAAACUGAUACUUCAGAAUAAUAAAAAUUUAUAAAUAGUUUAUCUAGUAAUUGUAAUCCUGCAAAUAGUGAUGCCCUUUCUAUUUUAUAACCUUAGUUAUUUAUAUGUAAUAAUACAAAAUUAUGUUUAUAUUCAACUGAAUGCAUUGAAUUUUAAUUAAGAGAUAUUUUCAAAAAUACUAAUGAAGGGAUUCUUAAACGAUAUUCAGAAAAUUUAAUAAAAACUAGAUAAUUUGGAACAUAUCCAAAUAGUGCAUUUAUUGCUGAUAUAAAAUUUAAUGAUCGUGAAGAAAUGGAAUAAUAAAUUAAUAAAUUAAUUCUUAAUGAUUGGAUUACUAAUAAUACAAUAGCUCUUGUAGUUUAAUUUAAUAGAAUUAAUAAAUUUAAUAAUGUAAUAUAUUCUAAUACUUUUAUACAAUAAUUUCAUGAAACUUAAGAAUAAACUUUUGAAUAUUAAAUUAAUUAAAUAAAUACUAAUUCAAUGAACUCCUCAACUUGGUAUUCUUUUUCAAUAAUUUUAAUUGUAUUUAAUUUCUUUUUUAUCAUGAAAAUAAUAUUUGAAGGAUCAAUAGAUCCAAGAGCUACUUAAUUAUUAGUAUUUUUAGUAUCAAUUUUAGAAUCUGCCUUUUCAGUUAUAUGUACUCUUGAAUCUGCUGUAUUAAAUAGUGAUAUUUAAGAAGCAUUAAAUGAUUAAAAUUGUAUAUAAAACAAAAGUAUUAGUAAUUGGAAUAAUGGAUUUCCAUUGCUUUCAACUUGUCAUAAUUAUAUUUUAUUAGAUGCUACAUACUAAAUUUAAUAAAUAAGAAUCAUAUUUUUAGCAUUUGUUCUAUUAUUCAUCCCAUUUAAUGUAUUCUGGAUAUUCAGUUAUUUAAAUGGAACUGAAUUAAUUGUUAAAUUUAUUAAUUUAAUAUACAGAACAACUAUUCAUUUUUUUAAAAUGUUUAUAAUUCGAGUUGCCUAAUAUGUGACUUGGUCUCUAGCUUUUUAUAUAGCAUUUCGUAAAAACUUUGAGAGUUAUGAUUCAUAUGCUAGUUCACUUUAUUGUAUGAUAAUAUGGUCUAUUCCAACUGAAGAAAAGGAAUGGGAAAGAGGAGCUAUGAAUACUGGUCAAAUAACUAAUGCCCUAUUAGUUGUUCUAUUUAUGGUAAAUAAUAUUAUACUAUAUUUAGCUAUGCAGAAUUUAUGUUUUUUUAAUGAUUCUUAGUUUUACUUCGAUAUCUAUUUAAUCAGCUAGUGAUUUUGAAUUUGAUAUAAGAUCACCAUCUGCUAUAUAGAAUUUAGAAAAUAUUCAUCAAAAUAUUAAAAAAUUAGAUAAAUUUUAAAAGAAUUACUUAAGUGAUCAUGAGUAGAAUAAAUUAGAAAAUGGAAAAUUAGUAGCCUGGUUAAAUUUAAAUAUUAAGGAUUUAAUAUAAUAUUAAUAAAUUAUAUAGGAAUGCAUUUAAGUAAUAUAUUAUUAUUAUUAUUAUUAUUUUAGAAAUAAGUUAAAUUGUAAUAGUUUUAGAAUAUAUCAGAUUUAUCAUAGUUUGUUAGUUUCUUAUUUUAAAUAAAACCUUAAUUAUUGUUUAAAUCUCAAGUGUAUUUUAGAAUUAUCUUAGAUUUAGAACCUAUGGAUUAGACUUAACAUAAUUAACCACUCUAUUUAAGAAAAGAAGAACGUCAAAAUGAAUAUAUAAAUUUGGUCAGAUUUUUUUAAAGAUUAAAAGAUAAAGGUUCAAGAGUUCCUUUAUUAAUUAAUUAUAGUUAAAAAAAUAGACCAGCUGAUAACAUAAUAAUUACAUUUUUUAAAAUUUAUCCUUAUAUACAUUUAAAUAGUGGAAAUUACGAUUUAUUUAAAGAAUUUAUUCUAAGCAAAGAUGUUAGACAAUGGUAGAAAAGAGUAUAUAUUAGAGAUGAAGAAAAUUAAGAUUUUGAUGAAGAAGAAAGUGAUGCUAAUUAGAUUAAUUGA